GGUGACUGUUUUUAUUUAUAACGUGGGCGAAUACCGAGGUCUUUGUGCGAUAAUCAUCGACCUUAAUUUUCCGUCUAUUGUGGCAAAAAUUCAACAUCAAGCAGGCAUUGUUAAUUUUCAUAUUUCAAUUGUAAUAUGUCACCAUGAACGCGAAUCAGCCACUGAAAAAAUGCAUUGACCACGGUGUGACUCAGUCAUCCAAACAUGACAUCCCUGUUGCAGACGCAUGCGCUCUACCGUCUAUACCUUUAAUGGCAAAAAUAAACAUUUUGGCCUAAAGAGGUGACGAUUAAAACAUCGCUGAUACAUAAAUGGGAAACAUUUGUCUAGGAUUUUAAAAACGAGAAGCAUGGCAUCAAGAAAACUCCCGCCAGAGGCACAGAAAAUAUUUGAUAAAUAUUGUCACAACUUCGUCAUGAGGCUGAAACGAGAAGACGCCAUAAAAAUGUUUACUUCGGACUUCAAGCUGAGCGAAAAGCAGGCCGAACUCAUGUUCGAAAUUUACGACAUUGACAAAAACGGUCAACUUAGCCAAUGGGAAUUUAAGCAAUUCUACACUAACUUGGGAGAAUUUGCUCCUGAACUUUUUGAGACAUUUGAAAAUCUCAAAUCAGAAGGAGCUGGUACUUUAGAAUUUGAUAAAACAUGGGAUGUCCUAAAGACCGUGAAAAACGCCAAUGGACACAUCACAGAGGACAGCAACUUAGAAGUCUUAAUCAAAGCGGCGGCGGGCGACGAGAAAAAGAUGGACUUUGGAAAAUUUAUGAACGUGUUCUGCAGAAUAAAGCAAAGUAGAUCGUAAUUGUUUGAAAACUGUGAUGACUAAAAUCCAUUUUUUUUUUAAAUUUAUUUUUAUUUCAAAUUCAUUAAUUCGACGUUUUAUCAGCAUUUCCGAGGAUUACAUUUUCGCUAUUUUUCUAAAGACAAUUUAUUUAUUCAUAUCAUGCAAUGGUUUAAUUCAUUAUUUAUGUAAUAUACAUGUAGUUGAAAAUUUCAAAUUUUAUAUUACCGUGAUUUAAUAACAAAUGGAAACAUUGUCUUGCAAUAAACACCUGACGCCAUUCAGAAAGAUCAUCAAAUAUAUAGGCACCUGAGCAGAAACGUUAAAUGUAUAUGAGAAGUCUGCUUUGUUUGUGUAUGCAAUAUCGAAAUAUUACACGCAGCUCCUCUAAUCAUUAGUUUACUUUCACUUUCCAUUCAUUACAAAGAUAUAAAUUUUAUAAUAUGUUGACAUAUUGAAUUAAAAAAUAUUUGUUAAUUUUAUACACAUGUUAUGUAUAUUAAGAUACAUUUAUCUAUUUUUUAAUAGUUUGAAAAUUGAAAUGAAUUCACUGGUUGGUUGUUUAUUUUAAAUAAAGUUUAUUUAUGCAUA